AUGUCCAUCACUGACGAUGCCAAUAAUAAUGAUAGUGAAGAGGAGUUCGAAGCUAACAAUGAAGUUGAUGACAAAAACGAUGACAGAGACUUGACAGGCAAUCCGGCGGUGCAAAAUGAAGCAAAUGCGAUUGUAAGCGAGCACUCGUUUGGUGUUCCAUUUUUUAUGCGGACUCUAGAUCUCGAAGCCAUACAUGCCCCAGAAUUUUCUGAGUAUGCGAAUACGGGUGAAGGCAACGCUGUGGCAGAAGAUGGCGAGUUUAGUGUCGGAAUGGAAUUUGGUUCAAGAAAGUCAGUGAUAUCUGCAAUUAAAAGCUACACUAUCUCUAGAGGAGUUGAUUACACUGUGUAUGAGUCUAAGCCGCAAACAUUCUAUGCGAAAUGCAAAGGGUAUAGUGCAGGGUAUGAUUGGCUUAUCCGAGCUAGCUUAAUUCAAAAGAAAGCUUGUUGGGAGAUCAGGAGAUACAAUGGCAAGCACACGUGCACCGUGGACACAAUUUCACAAGAUCAUACCAAGUUGGACUCAAAAACAAUUGCAAAUUCUAUUAGGCCGUUGGUCGAAGAAGUCCCCUCGAUAAAGGUGAAGUCUGUUAUUGCAGAAGUUCAAUCUAGGUUCAACUACAUUGUGAGUUACUGCAAUGCCUGGUUGGUAAAGCAGAAAACUGUCGUAAAGGUUUUUGGUGAUUGGGAAGUUUUUUACCAGACUCUGCUAGUAUGGUUGAAAGCAAUGACGGAGAAGAUGCCAAGGUCUCGUAUUCAAAUUAAAACGCUCCUCGUUUACCAUGAGAGUGAGGAGGUUCAAGGUGUAAGAGUUUUACACCGCAUUUUUUGGAGCUUCUAUCCGUUUAUUGUAGCAUUCAGACACUGCAAGCCACUGGUGCAAAUUGAUGGCACGCACCUGUACGGAAAGUAUAAAGGUGCACUUCUGGUAGCGGUUGCACAAGAUGGGAAUCAAAAUAUUGUGCCUAUUUGA